GUCAUUCUUUCCUACAAGGCUACAGCGUGAUACUCCGGAGUAUUAAGCAACACAAAAUCCAAACUUCGCCUAAAUGAAAUCAAACAAUGCUUUGUAGGGCUCAAAUUCAUCCACGGUGGGAACUCUUCCGAUUCGCCACACGCUACCAGUGCUUAGCCGAAAGUAGCAGGAGCUAAAAGAAGCCAAACAAUUCUUGGAUUAAGAAUGCAUUUUUGCAGAGCAACUUCUGCCGCGGCUACCUUGUCUUGGACAGCCUCCAUUUCUCCUCCACUGCACAUCUCCCACUCCUUCCCUGAAAAGGGGCACAAGAAACCGAGAGUUUGGUGUCUCAGCUCCAAUGGUGAAUUUGUUUCUUUAAAUAAGGAAAGCAAGAUGAUUGUAUCCGUGACGGGGGCUACUGGAUUUAUUGGUAAAAGAUUAGUGCAGAGAUUGCAUGACGAAAACCAUCAAAUUUGUGUGCUUACGAGGUCUACAUCAAAAGCCCAAUCAAUUUUUCCUGAGAAAGACUUUCCAGCAAUUGUAAUUGCAGAGGAGCCGCAGUGGAAAAACUGCAUUGAAGGUUCUACUGCUGUUGUAAAUCUGGCUGGAUUGCCCAUAAGUACAAGAUGGUCAGCAGAGAUCAAAAAGGAAAUUAAGGAUAGCAGGAUCAAGACUACCUCAAAGGUUGUAGAUUUGAUAAACAAUUCAUCAGAUGGUGAACGUCCUAAUGUUUUGGUUAGUGCAACUGCAGUUGGUUAUUAUGGUACAAGUGAGACACAAAUUUUUGAUGAGCAAAGUGCAUCAGGAAAUGAUUACUUGGCUGAGGUUUGUAGAGAAUGGGAAGCCAGUGCUCUGAAUGUUAGUAAGGAUGUCAGAGUAGCACUCAUCCGAAUUGGUGUGGUCCUUGGAAAAGACGGUGGAGCUUUAGCUAAAAUGGUCCCGCUCUUCAUGAUGUUUGCUGGGGGACCUAUAGGGUCUGGAAACCAGUGGUUUUCAUGGAUUCAUAUUGAUGACCUGGUGAACCUCAUAUAUGAAGCACUAUCCAAUCAAUCAUACACAGGAGUCAUUAACGGAACGGCACCAAAUCCUGUAAGGCUGGGAGAGAUGUGCAGCCAGUUGGGAUCUGUUCUAGGCCGCCCGUCGUGGCUUCCAGUGCCAGAUUUUGCUCUGAAAACAAUUCUUGGUGAAGGUGCUACUGUGGUUUUGGAAGGACAGAAGGUGAUUCCUGCUAGAGCCAAGGAUUUGGGCUUUGAAUUCAAAUACAGUUGCGUGAAGGAUGCUUUGGAAGCAAUAAUGUCAUGAAGGGCUGCCUAAUGCCUUCUGGUGCUGCCUGUCACACACACAUAUCAUAAUUCUUAUUAGAAUGAUCAUAAUCUUUAUAAUGUAGUGGCCAACUUGAAUUUCGUUUGCCAACUUUUCAAGAAAGAGCUUCCGUGUACUACUGUUUUGUCACAGAUGUUGCAAUGCCCAACUGGCCAACUCUAUCAUAUGUAUUUCGCUUACUUUUCCAUCUGUAUACGGAUUAUGGAUUCUUUAUUCUGAGAGAGUAAAAGUCUUGGCUAAUACUGUUAUUUGGGUCA